AUGGAGAUCUCAAUCAUGGAAGAGUUUGAUUUAGUCAACAACAACUGGUUUGUACAAAUGUUUGAGUUGCGAAGAUAUUGGAUACCAGCCUAUUUCAGAGAUGUUCCUAUGGCUGGUUUAUUGAGGACUACAUCACGCUCAGAAGGUGAAAAUGGUGUUUUUAGUCGAUUUACUACCCCUCUCUCUAGUCUUGUCCCAUUUUAUAUGCAGUUUGAGCGUGCUUUGGACUCUCAAACACACAAUCAUGCAAAACUUACAAGUGAUAGUGAGGGGAACAUCCCAAAAAUGAAGACACCUUUGCCCACUGAAAAGCAUGCUUCAACUGUAUACACACUCUCUAUUUUUUACGAUAUUCAGAAGGAAAUAUGCACAACAUGUUUUAAUUGUCGAGUUUUGAGUGUUCGAGAAGAUGGUGACAUACUAUAUUAUGAGAUCAAAGAUGGCAGUGAUAGAAAGUUUACUGUGGAGCACAAUGUAACUGAAAAGAAAGCUGUUUGUAGUUGCAAGAUGUUUGGAAGAAUUGGAUUGUUGUGUAGCCACACUUUUGUGGUUUUUAAGGAUUUAAACUUUGAUAAAAUCCCUAUGAAAUAUGUGCUGAAUCGAUGGACUAAGGAUGCAUCCUUAAAGCCAAUCUUCCAUAUUGAUGGUCUCACAUUUGAUCAAGGUGCAGGAAUGGAUGAGAGGAAGGUGUUGUUAGCACAAUUGUGGGGUGAUAUGCAGUGUUGUAUUGGUCUAGCAGAAGAAGCGAAAAUGGAUAAAUUGGUUGAAUUUGGACAAGUGAUUAAACAACAAAAAUUGAUAUUGAUGACAGGAACAAGCUGA